CAGCGAGCGUGCGUCAGCCGAGGCCUCUUCCGCUCCGCGUCUCCGCUGACUGAGACGAGCGGAGCUGGCGCCCGGCUCCGGCGGCCUCCGGUGAGAUCGUGAGGAUCCAAGGAUUUUGUAGCUACGAUGCUUUCACGACUUUUCCGUAUGCAUGGCCUCUUUGUGGCCUCCCAUCCCUGGGAAGUCAUCGUGGGGACAGUGACACUGACCAUCUGUAUGAUGUCCAUGAACAUGUUCACUGGUAACGAUAAGAUCUGUGGUUGGAAUUAUGAGUGUCCAAAGUUUGAAGAGGAUGUUUUGAGCAGUGAUAUUAUAAUUCUGACCAUAACACGAUGCAUAGCAAUCCUGUAUAUUUACUUCCAGUUCCAGAAUUUACGUCAGCUUGGAUCAAAAUAUAUUUUGGGUAUUGCUGGCCUCUUCACAAUUUUCUCAAGUUUUGUAUUCAGCACAGUUGUCAUUCACUUCUUAGAUAAAGAACUGACAGGUUUGAAUGAAGCUUUGCCGUUUUUCCUGCUUCUGAUUGAUCUUUCCAGAGCAAGUGCAUUAGCAAAGUUUGCCCUUAGUUCCAACUCCCAGGAUGAAGUCAGAGAAAAUAUUGCUCGUGGAAUGGCAAUUUUAGGGCCCACAUUCACCCUGGAUGCUCUUGUUGAAUGUCUUGUGAUUGGAGUUGGUACCAUGUCAGGAGUGCGCCAGCUUGAAAUCAUGUGCUGCUUUGGCUGCAUGUCAGUUCUGGCCAACUACUUCGUGUUCAUGACUUUCUUCCCUGCUUGUGUGUCCUUGGUGUUAGAGCUUUCCCGGGAAAGCCGAGAGGGUCGUCCAAUUUGGCAGCUCAGCCAUUUUGCCCGAGUGUUAGAAGAAGAAGAAAAUAAACCAAAUCCUGUAACUCAGAGGGUGAAGAUGAUUAUGUCUUUAGGCUUGGUUCUCGUUCACGCUCACAGUCGCUGGAUAGCUGACCCCGCUCCUCAGAACAGUACAGCCGACAGUUCUAAGGUUUCGUUAGGACUGGAUGAAAAUGUGUCCAAGAGAAUUGAACCAAGUGUUUCCCUCUGGCAGUUUUAUCUCUCUAAGAUGAUCAGCAUGGAUAUUGAACAAGUUAUUACUCUAAGUUUAGCUCUUCUUCUGGCUGUCAAGUAUAUCUUCUUUGAACAAGCAGAAACAGAAUCUACACUCUCAUUAAAAAACCCUAUCACGUCUCCUGCAGUGACCCAAAAGAAAGUCCCAGACAGUUGUUGUAGACGUGAACCUGUGAUGGUCAGAAAUAACCAGAAAUUGCAUUCAGUGGAGGAAGAGGCAGGAAUAAACCAAGAAAGAAAAGUUGAGGUUAUAAAGCCCUUGGUAGCUGAAACUGACUCCCCACACAGAGCUGCAUUUGUGGUUGGUGGCUCCUCCUUACCUGAUGCUUCGCUGGUACUGGAGACGAAGGAACCUGAGAUUGAACUUCCCAAAGAGCCUCGGCCUAAUGAAGAAUGUCUGCAGAUACUUGGGAAUGCCGAGAAAGGUGCAAAAUUCCUUAGUGAUGCUGAGAUCAUCCAGUUAGUUAAUGCAAAGCAUAUCCCAGCCUACAAAUUGGAGACGCUGAUGGAAACCCACGAACGAGGUGUAUCUAUUCGUCGACAGUUACUUUCCAAAAAGCUGCCAGAGCCUUCUUCUCUCCAGUACCUACCCUAUAGGGAUUAUAAUUACUCCCUGGUGCUGGGUGCCUGCUGUGAGAACGUGAUUGGGUACAUGCCCAUCCCUGUGGGUGUGGUGGGACCUCUCUGCUUGGAUGGAAAGGAAUUCCAGGUUCCCAUGGCAACAACAGAAGGCUGUCUUGUGGCCAGCACUAACAGAGGCUGCCGGGCAAUAUGUCUUGGUGGAGGUGCCAGCAGCCGAGUCCUUGCAGAUGGAAUGACUCGUGGCCCAGUGGUGCGUCUUCCCCGUGCUUGUGACUCUGCAGAAGUGAAGGCCUGGCUCGAAACCCCAGAAGGGUUCGCAGUGAUAAAGGAGGCAUUCGAUAGCACUAGCAGAUUUGCCCGUCUGCAGAAACUUCAUAUAAGUAUGGCUGGACGCAAUCUUUAUAUCCGUUUCCAGUCCAGGACAGGGGAUGCCAUGGGGAUGAACAUGAUUUCAAAGGGUACAGAAAAAGCGCUCUCCAAACUCCAUGAGUAUUUCCCUGAAAUGCAGAUUCUGGCAGUCAGUGGCAACUACUGCACUGACAAGAAGCCUGCUGCUGUCAACUGGAUAGAGGGGAGAGGAAAGACUGUUGUCUGCGAAGCUGUCAUUCCAGCCAAGGUUGUCAGAGAGGUGUUGAAGACCACCACAGAGGCAAUGAUUGAUGUCAACAUUAACAAGAAUCUGGUGGGCUCUGCCAUGGCUGGGAGCAUAGGCGGCUACAACGCCCAUGCAGCCAACGUUGUCACUGCUAUCUACAUUGCCUGUGGACAGGAUGCAGCACAGAAUGUUGGUAGUUCAAACUGUAUUACUUUAAUGGAAGCAAGUGGCCCAACAAACGAGGACUUGUAUAUCAGCUGUACCAUGCCGUCCAUAGAAAUAGGAACUGUGGGUGGCGGGACCAACCUCCUGCCUCAGCAGGCCUGUUUGCAGAUGCUGGGUGUCCAGGGAGCCUGCAAGGACAGCCCAGGGGAGAAUGCCCGGCAGCUCGCCCGGAUAGUGUGUGGGACAGUGAUGGCGGGGGAGCUGUCCCUGAUGGCAGCACUGGCAGCUGGACAUCUCGUCAGAAGCCACAUGAUUCACAACAGGUCAAAGAUAAAUUUACAAGAUCUCCAAGGAGCUUGCACCAAGAAGGCAGCGUGACUAGCCUGGCAGCCAGGGACUGGAACUCCGUGGGCAUUGGGUUCUAAAGGACUAACAUAAAGUCUGUGAAUUAAAAAUCUCAAUGCAGUGUCUCGUUGAAGAUGAGUGGACACGACCGGGCGAUGGCUGCUUGGUGUUGGGCUCUCAGAGGUCGGGUCCUUUCCUUGCAGACUGCUCAGAUCUGAACCGUUUUAGUGCUUUUCCUGCUGUGCUCUGGGAAGAUUUCACCGCGGAUCCUGUGCUCCAGAGCGUCACAGUCAGAUGCAGUCCAUUGUGAAGCCAAUACAAGCUGGAGAAAAAGUCCUUUCUUUUGAUGAAGUGCGUAGUGAUCAGGAUGAAAUUGCUCUCCCCUUGCAGCCCCCAUGGGCUGAAAAUGGAUUUUUAAAUUAUAUUGUAGAUGACAAAACUCCUGAUUUUAUAGUUAAUUUAUUACUCAGUCUGAGUGGUAGAACUUUAAGAGCUAUGUUUAUUUUUCUGUAAAGCUAAUACUUCAUUUGG